AUGGAGAUAACUAACAAAACAAACGAAGAACGAAGAAACAGUAUGAUGGAUACAGGAGACCAAGCCAACGCGUUCGCUGGUAGUAAAAAGCUGCUGCGAUCGCCAAUACUGAAACAAGUGGUACCACCAGGUCCUAGUGGCAGUAAUGGAGGAAUACCCGAGACCCAGCAAAGUCGAGGGAUCAAUCCCCUGUUCCUGCCAAAGUCCAGCGGUAGUUUAACCCAGGAAGGAGGGUUGACUGGAGAAAGCAUACUGAACACGAUCAUGAUAAGGGUCAAAGAACUAGACACAUUCGUGCAGGACAAACCCAACGUGCAUAAAGAGAUCAAGACCAGGGUGUCGGGUAUAAGAUCUCUUUUGGGACGAGCUAUGAAGGAGCACGAUGGACUCGUCGAAAGGACGAAAACUGCCGAGAAAACACUCGCAGAAGCGUUGCAAAAAGCUGCAGCUGGACAGCCUCUACGUAGUGAAUCAGCGAGUGCAUUGUCGGAUCUUGCCGACGAGUUCGAAAAACACGUUCAAAUUUUGGACUCCUUAGAAACAAAGGCACAGCAUUGGGAUUCUGUGUUGGUGGAGCUAUUGUUCAGUCGAAUGGAUACCAACGCGCAGAAAUUGUGGGAAAAUCAGCGGGAUAAAACCCAACGUCCUUCAUACGAAGGAUUAAUAAAAUUUAUCCAUGAGUACUCAAGAACUCUCCAAUCACUUCAGCUCUCCCAAACUGCUAUCUCAUUUGGGGAGGACAAAGAGCUUAAGCCUCGCACGGUUGUCAGUCAUUCCCCUUCAGAGCAUACUACAAAAUGUGUCGCAUGCAAGCAAUCACAUUAUUUGUUUCAAUGUGAGUUAUUCCGAUCACAAACUCCUCAACAACGUUUCGAGUCAGUAAAGCGUAGCGGACUGUGCAUUAAUUGCUUGAAGGCCACCCACCUGGCCAAAUAUUGCUCUAGUGGAUCCUGCAAAUACUGUCAAAAGAAGCAUCACACGUUGCUGCAUCUUUCUGCUUCUCCCACAUUGAUCGCAACGGAAACUCCACAAUACAUGCAACCUGUCUCGAUGCUCCAGCAGCAGCCUCAGAAUGCAAACCAAAUGUCGCAUCCCUCCGUAGCUUUGUUAAGUGACUUCGUUGGCACUUUUGGUGACCGUUCGGUUUCGUCGUCGUCGCCGUCGGUUUUUGCGCCCUUCCCCGCUUCGUACGGUACAGUCGCAUCUUCCUCCAAAACCUGUCAGACAGUCACACCAGUUCCAGUUAGCGAUUCCACUGUUUUGUUGUUCACUGCUCUUGUCAAAGUUCGAGACAAUCUCGGCCAAUACCAGGUCGCCCGUGCUCUUCUGGACAGCGGAUCACAGUCAAAUUUUAUUUCCGAGUCGUUAUGUCAACGCCUUGCAUUGAGUCGCAGUAAAGUGAAUCUGCCAGUAAGCGGCAUCGGCCAAGCCGUUGUGAACGUCCGAUACUCAGUGUCAGUGGAGUUAUCAUCUCGACAUGGCUUAUUCGAGCAGAGUAUGGAGUGUCUAGUGUUACCGAAACUGACCAUCAGUCUGCCAACUAGGACGGUAGACGUUCAUACCUGGAAAAUUCCCAACAAUAUACCAUUAGCGGACCCACAAUUCAACGUUAGCAAUGGCAUUGACAUUAUCGUUGGAGCUGAGCUGUUCUCCAUGAUUCUACAGGCAGAGCAAAUCACUUUCAAUGAACACCUUCCAGUACUUCAGAAAACGAGUCUGGGAUACGUCAUCGCCGGAAAGGUUCCCACCAGUACACCUUCACCAGUUACGUGUCUUAUUUCUACUCUUGACCAUUUGGACACACAUAUCAAGAAGUUUUGGGAAGUGGAAGAUUUCGAUCAUUGUAAAGCUUACACUGCUGAAGAACAGCAGUGUGAAACUCAUUUCAUGAAUACUCACAGCCGGAAUGCUGAUGGACGUUACGUGGUCCGCCUGCCCGUUCGUCGAGAAAUGCUCCCUCUUAUUGGCGAAACAUGGAGCGCAGCUGCUCGAAGAUUUAGUUCUGUGCCCCAUCAUGCAAUCUCUCGUCCUGAUUCAACAACGACCAAAACCAGAGUGGUCUUCGAUGGAUCGUGCAAAAGCACCAACCACUUGUCGCUGAACGAUCUCCUGCUCACAGGUCCCACGGUACAACCCACUCUUUUGUCCAUAGUUCUCAAUUUUCGUUUUCAUCGGUACGUUAUGACAGCAGACAUCGAGAAAAUGUACCGCCAGAUCAUGGUACACCCUGAAGACCGCCCAUUACAGCAAAUUCUUUGGAGGCAGCUUGAGUCCGAUCCAAUGAAAGCAUAUUUUUUGAAUACCGUCACUUACGGAACCUCGUGUGCUCCAUUUCUUGCGACACGGACCCUUAACCAGCUAGCUGAGGAUGAAGGAGAAGAUUUUCCAUUAGCAAAACCGAUUGUGAGGCAGGAUUUUGAUGUGGAUGAUGUGUUGACGGGAUCCGAUAGUUUGGACAACUGGAAGUGGAGUGCUAAUCAUCCGAAGAUUCUAGAACAUAUUGCUGAAGAAGAUUUGGAAACAUUAAACGUACUUGAACUUGAUCAAACAUCGUCUAUCAAAACUCUGGGUCUCUUCUGGUUUCCAGCAGAGGAUAUGUAUGGCUUCAAGGUUCCGCAGUUACCGACGAUUAACAGAAUAACCAAACGUAUUGCUCUCUCAGAGAUGUCUCAGAUCUUCGAUCCUUUGGGUCUCGUAGGACCAGUAGUCGCCAGUGCCAAGAUGUUUCUCCAGCGAUUAUGGCAAUUAAACCUGGAUUGGGUUGAUGAACUUCCGGACCAGUUGCAAUCUUGGUGGCUGUCCUUUCGAGCAUCACUUGCAACAAUUAAGGGUCUUCGUAUACCACGAUGGGUUCGAAGCUUCGAAUCGGAUGAAUACGAGCUGCAUUGCUUCACAGAUGCAUCCGAAAAGGGAUACGGCUGCUGCAUCUACGUAGUAUCUGCUGCUGCUGGUUUCAAGACCAGUCAUUUGCUGAUCGCCAAGUCUCGUGUAGCUCCUACAAGUGGGCUAUCCAUUCCCCGUUUAGAGCUGUGCGCAGCCGUUCUGGGAAGCCAGCUAGCUGAUAGUGUCCUUCACACAACAAAGUUUGCCGGAAAAUUAACAUUCGGGACAGAUUCCACUAUCGUCUUGCACUGGAUAAAUACACCGUCUUCCACAUGGAAAGUCUUUGUGUCAAAUCGCGUUGCAGAAAUCCAACGACUUACCAAGGGCUUCCAGUGGCGACACGUCCCUACCACGGACAAUCCAGCAGAUUGUAUCUCGAGAGGAGCUGAACCACAACACAUCUUGCAGGAUAACCUUUGGUGGCAUGGGCCAUCGUUUCUGCUGUUUCCACCCCAAAACUGGCCAAAUGAAAUUGUCACAUUGUCACCCUCACUGCUAGAUCUGCAAGCGACCGAACGUAAGGUAACUGUGGCGCUUCAUGUGAGUGUUCCUGAUGAUUCUCUGAUCCAUGCAUACUCCGAACUUGCGCCUCUGCUCAGAAUCACCGCGUACUGCAAGCGAUUUGCCUUCAACUGCAAAACUACAAAGACUAAACGCAAUACGGGCAAUAUAACCGUAGACGAAUACGACAGCGCUUUGAAAACUCUCGUACGUCUCGCACAACACACUGCUUUCAAUGCAGAGCUGCAAUAUUUAAAGAGUAAAAACCAAGCAAAACCAUCGCUAAAAGAUGUUCAAUUCAAAUCGCCUAUCAAGAAUCUUGAUCAUAUGUUCGAUUCAAAUGGACUUCUGCGCAUUCAUGGUCGUCUCGCUGAACUCUCAAAUUCAUACGACAGCCGUUUCCCGAUGGUACUACCGGCAGAUCAUCAGCUCUCAAAGCUAAUAGCUAGAUCGAUUCAUCAUCAAACUCUUCAUGCUGGACCCACACAGUUACUCGCAACAAUUAGGCAGCGCUUCUGGCCUAUCCGUGGCAGGGAUCUAGUUCGAAGGACAGUCCAUCGUUGCGUGACAUGUUUUCGUUGCCGCCCGAAAGCAAGUGAACAAUAUAUGGCGCCACUGCCUGCUUCACGUAUUACGCCAGCAAAGGUUUUCGAACACACGGGGCUAGAUUACUGCGGGCCGUUUCUCGUUCGACCUCUCGCGGGAAGGGGCGCUUCGGUAAAAGUCUGGGUCGCAGUGUACGUGUGCUUCGCCGUAAAAGCCGUUGUGCUAGACAUCGUUGCCGGGUUGUCAGCAGCCGCGUGUGUGAAUUCGCUUAGACGCUUCGUUAGCCGAGUCGGUCGUGUUCGUGUCGUUCACUGCGAUAACAGCACCUCGUUUAUUGGCGCGAUUCGCGAAGUUAAGGAGAUGCGACAAAAGCUCAUUGAACAACUAAGAUCCAAUCAUUUAACAAACGAGUGUUUGGAGGAAGGCAUCGAAUUCCAGUUCAUUCCGCCUCGAGCCCCGCACUUUGGCGGCUUAUGGGAGGCGGCAGUAAAGGCCUUCAAAUACCAUUUUCAACGAAUAAUGGGGUCUUCACCGUAUCACAUGGACGAUCUGCGAACUGCCAUCGCUCAAGCCGAGUGUAUGAUGAACUCUCGACCAUUGACACCGCUUUCCAACCAUCCAGAAGACUUAUCCGUGCUCACGCCAGCUCACUUCCUAUUAGGAGAACCCGCCUUCCGUCUCCCGGAACCAGACUACUCAAACACACCAAUUAAUCGACUCUCCCGAUUCCAGGCAUCUCAGCGAUCCAUUAACGAUCUUUGGAAGCGCUGGUCAAAGGAGUACAUAAGCUUGUUACAUCAACGGCCAGCCAAAUGGAGGAGCACCCCAACCCUUUUUACAAUCGGAUCCAUGGUUCUAUUGAAGAAAGACAACGCGCCUCCCAAGCAAUGGCCUCUCGGGCGCGUUGUGGCUGUCUAUCCGAACGUUGAUGGGAUUAUUCGUGUUGUAGAUGUGCGCACGCAAGCUGGCAUUCGUCGUCGUGCUACAACCGAAUUAUGUUUGCUACCCAUUGAUGUUGAUAAUACGUACCGUACGGAUUGCAUUCAACCGAAUGCAGAACAACCACCUUCAAUUAUUUGCAGUUGA